AAGUCGCAAGUGUUUUGUUGCACCACUGCCUGAGCUCCUCUUCCACUUCCUUGGUUCUCAGUUUGGUUCCUGAGAAUUCUCACUAGAAAGUAGGAAUUAGGGAAACAUGGGUCUAGUAGGUAAGCUUCAGGCUGAAACUCUCAUCGUGGCUCCUGCUGAUAAGUUCCAUGAAAUGUUCUCGUGCAGACCACACCACAUCUCUAAUGUCUGUCCUGAAAAGAUUCAGAAAGUUAAUCUGCAUGAGGGUGAAUGGGGCACUUCCGGCUAUGUUAUCGAGUGGAACUAUAAUAUCGAUGGGAAUGAUCAUGUAGCCAAACAGAUUGUAGAAAUUACAGAUGGGGAAAACAAAUCUAUCACUUAUAAAUUCAUUGAAGGAGAUCUCCUGAAGAAAUACAAAAGCUUCAUAAUCGUAGUUCAAACAAUUCCAAAGGGUGAUGCCACUUGGGUGCAUUGGACUUUAGAGUAUGAGAAAUUAAACAAAGAUAUCCCGACUCCAAUUAAAGAGCUUGAAUUUUUAGUUCUUGUUGGCGAGGGUGUUGAUGAUCAUCUUGUCCAAGCAUAGACACCAGAGACAUAUGAUAUGGUAAUGUUGUGUACAAGUAUGAGAAAAGUUUGAAAGUUUUAAUUGCUUCUUGUCCUAUAAAUAAUGUUAUAUAUGAUGCAUAAUAUGUGGUACUUUGGUGAUUUGUUGGAUUGUGGGAGGGUUUCUAAGCAAACCUUUGUACUAGGUGUUUCUCUUAUUGUACCCAAAAUAAGGCCACAAUUUAUGUGGCUCUAUAUAUAAAGUUCCAUAUUAUAUAA